UCUUACCAGACACCCCACAAUACUAUCUAAAAUUGGGCGAUUUUGAGGCAAGUUUUGAUUAUACUUAAAAAUAUACAACUAGAAAAUAGACUUUCAAAUGUAGAAAGCUGAAAAAUCCUUGAUGUACUACAAAAGAUGUACGGGUAAGUCUGAUGGAGAGAAAUCUCUAUUGAAAGCUGAAUUUGAACGGAUAAAACUGGUGGAGGAAGAGCAAAAAAAUAGUCCAAAGCUGCAAUUGAACGAUUUCUGUAACUGGAUAGCCGUCAAAGGAAUUCUAACUUGUAUUGCAGUAUGGUGGUUCACACAAACAACGGGAUGUCUCGUUUUCACGAAUUAUGCAUCGCUAAUUUUCGCAAUAUCCGGCUCAUCAUUGAGCGUUGAUGCGUCAGCCAUCAUUUUGGCAAUUUUUCAAAUCAUCGGUGGACUCACGUCAACUCAAAUUGGUGAUGCUUUUGGAAGGAAAACCAUUUUGUUCACAUCAUUACUCGGUUCGGCAUUUGGAUUAUUCGUUCUAUCAUCGUAUUUAUAUCUGCAUCACCUUGGUUAUCAGCUAUCUAACUACAUGUGGCUUCCGAUUGUGUGUUUAUCUUUUGUUAUGUUCAUUUCAUCUGGUGGAAUUUUGUCUUUGGGGAACACCUGUGUUGUAGAAAACUUUCCAACAAAGAUUCGUCCAGCAGGCAUGGUGUUCUCCUCAAUGACGAAUAACAUAUUUAUAUUUGCAGUUGCAAAAUCGUUUCCCAUUUUGUUGGAGAUCAUUUAUUUACACGGAUUUCUGCUUCUCCUUGCUGUCAGUUGUUGUGUUGGUUUGAUUUUUGUGCCUUUUCUGAAGGAAACUAAAGGAAAAUCUCUUGAUGCAUUGGAAACACCACAAAAUUAAUAGAAAAAUAAUAAAUAUAUUAGAAUUUAUUGAAGAGUUAGACCGCGAAACCCAUCUCCAUUUCUUCUAAAUUUCUUUUGUUCCAACAAAAUGUCUGAUUUUCGCGCUAUUAUUUUGUUUCAUUUCGUUUUGCUCUGAACAUUUUUUGAGUUGCAUUAACAAUGAUAUCAUAAGAUAGAUAGAUUUUUAGAUCGAUCAUAAGUGUUUAUAUGUAUUUUCAUGA